CCAGCUCAAGUUCCCAAACAAAACACAAGGUAAAUCUUACGAGCUACACAGACACGAUCCAGUCAGAGAUGGCCGAAGGAGGAGAUGAGCUGAAGCUGCUGGGGUCAUGGUCGAGUCCGUAUGUCACGAGAGCGAAGCUUGCCCUCGCCGUCAAGGGCCUGAGCUACGAGAACGUCGACGAGGACGUCCACAACAAGAGCGGCCUCCUCCUCGCCUCCAACCCCGUGCACAAGAAGAUCCCCGUGCUCAUCCACAACGGCGUCCCCGUCUGCGAGUCCAUGAUCAUCGUGCAGUACAUCGACGAGGCGUUCGCGGGCACCGGGCCGCCGAUCCUCCCCGCCGACCCCCACGAGCGCGCCGUGGCCCGUUUCUGGGCGGCCUACGUCGACGACAAGCUGGUGUCCCAGUGGACGAACUCGUCCAGGGCCAAGGCGGGGGAGGGCAGAUCCGCCGAGGCGAUGAAGGAGAUGGUGGUGGCCGUGGAGGCCCUGGAGGGGGCCCUGAGGGAGUGCUCCAAGGGGAAGGGCUUCUUCGGCGGCGACGGCGUCGGGCUGGUGGACAUCGCGCUGGGGAGCAUGCACUCGUGGCUGAUGGCGAUCGAGGCCAUGUCCGGCGCCAAGGUGUUCGACCCCGCCAGGACCCCGCUGCUGGCGGCGUGGAUGGAGCGUUUCGGCGCGCUUGAUGCGGCCAGGGCGGUCCUGCCGGACGUCGGCAGGGUGGUCGAGCUCGCCAAGAUCAGGCACGGACAAGCCGCCGCAGCUUCAACUUCAUCAAACAACAAGCAGGAGUAGCCGGCAUGCAUGGUGGCAUGACCUACGCGCGUGUGUGUGUGUGUGGACUGUGAAGUGGGCCGAUGAUGGCCGGUGUUUACCUUUUGAUUGUUGUUUGUACUGUGUCAGCGGGUUGAUGUAAUACUACUGCUACUGUAAUGGAUCUAUUGACGAAA